UUCGACGGCUUUAGUUCGUAAGGGUUUAAUGCGACAAAUUGCGUAAACGCGCGUAAUAAACAGUGAAAAGAGACCAUUAAAAAAUUACAGACUCGGAAGUAGUUCAGAUAUCCAAAAUAAUUCACUAUACUUCUUGAUAACCGUCUAAAAAUAAAUUUUUUGAAAUGAGUUGUAAAGUUCGGAAGUUCAGUUCCUUCGGUGGAGAAAUUUUACUCUUCGCGAGUUGCCAUUGAAGAUUUGUUUAUAAACACGUUGAUUGUGAUUAGAACAAAUCAUUCAAUUUAUCGAGAUCUUAUUGCUGGACUUCUUGGGGCACCUGCAUUUAAAAUAGUUACUCUGAGUAAUAUCUAAAUUUAAAACUUUCAUGGAAGGCUCCAACCUAAGCUUAGUUGACGCAGGUGCUGCCUCAACUAUUUAUGAAAACAAAUUGGAAAACAAUCAAGGUUUCAUCACAAACCAAUUGACAUGCAGAAAAGAAUAUGUGGACAUAAUUGAGCAACCCGCAUCUAAGGCCUUAAGAUUCAGAUAUGAAUGUGAAGGAAGAUCAGCUGGCUCAAUACCAGGAAAAUCGAGUACCUCAGAAAAUAAGACAUAUCCAACAAUACAAGUAGUAGGAUACAAUGGAAGAGCUGUAGUUGUUGUAUCCUGUGUUACAAGGGAUGAACCAUUUAGACCUCACCCUCACAACUUGGUUGGUCGUGAGGGAUGUAAAAAGGGAGUAUGCACAUUGGAAAUACCACCGGACACUAUGACUGUCUCGUUUUCAAAUUUGGGGAUCCAAUGCGUCAAGAAGAAGGAUAUUGAAUCGUCUCUGAGGACAAGAGAGGAGAUCAGGGUUGAUCCUUUCAGAACUGGAUUUAGUCACAAACACCAUCCAACUUCGAUAGACUUGAAUGCAGUGAGAUUAUGCUUUCAAGUGUUCCUAGAGGGUGACAAGAAAGGGAAAUUUACAGUACCUCUUUCACCAGUAGUGAGCGAACCAAUUUUGGAUAAAAAAGCUUCUGCUGAUCUGGUCAUUGUGAAGUUAUCUGACUGCAACAGUCACGUCGAUGGAGGAAGAAAAGACAUUAUACUUCUUUGUGAAAAAGUGGCUAAGGAAGAUAUUCAAAUAAGAUUUUUCGAGGAAAAGGAUGGUAAGACGGUUUGGGAAGGAUAUGCAGAUUUUCAAUCGAAUCAAGUCCACAAACAGACAUCCAUAUGGUUUAGAGCUCCAAAAUACCGGACACUAGAGGUUACUGAGCCAGUGAAGGCAUUCAUCCAGUUGAAACGUCCAUCAGAUGGAGCCACUAGUGAAUCAUUACCAUUUGAAUUUUUACCGUUGGACGCAGGCAGACCUUCUUACUGGAAUUUGGGUAGGAGUUUAAUGAAAAAAAGAGAUUAUGAAUUAUAUAACACGCUUCUAAGUAAAAAUAAUAUCAACCUGUUGAAAUGGAAACCAGAAGAAAAUAAAAUAGUGGCAGAGAAUGUUUUGAAUAAUAAACAUUCAACAGAACAACGAGUUCCUCAGUUAACUGAAGAAACUAUUGUCAAUAAAACUUUGGAUAAUAAUCUCAACGAGGUAAUAGUAAAUAAUGAACCCGAUAUAAUUACAACAACUAAUGUUGUUAUGGUGGAAAGUAAUAAUGAAGAAAUAAAUGUCAUCAGUAAUGAAAAUAACGUUAUUGAAACAAACGUAAAUGAACUCACCUGGCAAAUACCAGCUACUGAAGAUUCUGAAGAAAAGUCAUUCAAUCAAUUGAUUGACGAAGUUGCAGAGUUGGAUGAAAUAUAUUCUUCGUCUCAAUGCAACAAAAAUAGCUUGAUUUUAGGAGAAGAUAUUCAAAUCAUGGAUAUUGAUGAAGGAAAUACGAAUUUCGAUGACAGCAAAACAUACUCAAGUUUACAAAUGGCUUUCAAGACUCCUUUAGAUAUUGCUUACCGACCAACGGAAGAUAAACCACAAAAUGUAUUCGCACCUAUCAAAGAAGAAAGCUAUAAAUCAGUGAGUAAGAGAGAAUCUCCAGUUGAGAAAUUACCACCACUACCUCCAAAACGUCAAAAAAAGAUCGAAACCUACAUUGGUGAGGAGGAUCCGGAAUCCAGGAGAUUGAAAGAAGCUUUACUAUAUCCUAAACCGUUAAUUGUAAGAUCACAUUCAUUCAGUUCUGACCCUGAUAAAUCUAUUGCCGACUUGAAAUAUCUUGGGAGCACUUCAACACUGCCUAAUCCAAAAAAGAAAAGUUUCCUUUCCAAAUUAUUUGGGCGCAAGAAUAAAAAUAAAAGUAAUCAGGAUUUAGUUUCUCCAUACAAUAGCUCAAAGUCUCUCCAUAUAUCCCACGAUGGUAAGGUCGAUAUGAAAAUAUCAAAGUCUGUUGACAAUAUUCGAGGUACUCCAAGAUGUACACCAUCACGUGAUAUUUUGAAUGAGAAAGAGAAUGCCAUAAUUGUGAAUAUCUCUCAAGAUAAAACUAUGAUUUCAGGAGAUAGGAAUAGCCUAAUUACUGAUGGUGACUCUCUUACGCUUGUAGGAGAAGGAUUAGAUUUGACCGAGGCUGAACAUUAUGCGUUAUACACUGUAAUGGCACCUCAUGCUACACAAAGUGAAUUUGACGAAAUGUCCUGUUAUUAUGCAGCAGUAGAAGGUGGAAAAAUUUUGAGCUGAAAAGUACAAGAUUAUAUCUGACAAUAGACAGAAUACUCUUUCACAGGAUCUGAAACUUCUUUGUUGCAUUAAAACUAAAUUUUCAUAUUUUAUUGUUGAUAGUUCAUUGUUUUCCUGAUGCUUUAAAUCAUUUUUAUAUAUUUAAUGUUUAAUUUAGUAUGAUUGAAUGGUGUUGAAAGUUGUUGAAAAAAGUUUUGGAGUUUAGACAAUGUUAUAUGGAGUAAUGUAUGUAGACACUGAGAAACCCUUAUUAUAAAGUUCUUAUUAUGCGUUGAAAAUAAUUUUUGUUCUAUAUGAAGUGUUAAAUUUGUGUUCUUGUUUUGAUAUUUGAAGAUUGCUUAUGUAACAUUUAUUUAUACAAAAAACCUUUAUUAUUAAAAAUAAAUGAAAGGAGAAUAAA